AUGGAAGACGGGACGGUCAUACUGACUACGAUUUUUGACGAAGCAUGGACAAGACCCGGCUCUGUCCUCGGCCUCUUCCUAAAAAGCUUUCAGAUUGGCCAAGGGACCAAAAGGCUCUUAAAUCACCUGGUCAUUGUCACCUUGGGAAGCCAAGCAUUUCAAAAUUGCAAUUGUUUGCAUCCCCAUUGCUUCCAACUCAGACCAUUCGGAUCAAGAAAGGGACCUCUGGCUUUAGACAACCUCGUGAUUCAGAGGAACACAAACAAUUUGCUGCUGCAAGUGCUUGAUCUAGGUUACAGUUUCAUCUUCACGGAGGCGGAUGUUAUGUGGUUGAGGACUCCAAUUGUACACAUUCACCCUUCAUACGAAAUCACAAUCCCGUGCAAUUUACACUCUGAGGAUUCACAGAAUCGAAGCAACAAACCAGGGAGGGGGCUUUUUUACGUGAAAUCAAAUGCUGUGUCGAUCGAGCUAUUUAAGUACCGGAAAGUUUGGGGCACUCUUUACCCCAAUUCCCAUGUUAAAUCUCUAUGCGAGGCAUUGAAAGAGCAGCAGGAUGUGAUCGAAAUGCUUGGUGUGCGCAUACAGUACCUGAAUGCAACCUAUUUUGGUGGGUUUUGCCAGGGAGAUAGUAGGGAAAUACGACAGGUUUAUACCUUGCAAGCAAAUUGCUGUGACAAUGUGGAGGAUAAGGUCCAUGAUCUCAAGCUUGUUCUUGAGGAUUGGAUAAACUUCAGAGCACAAUCAUUCAAUAUCAGUUUAGGAAAGAGGGCACCAACCAAAUGCAUAGCAUAA